ACACGAGUAUGGCACAACUACAGAAGUACAGCCCCUAUUCAAAAUGAUCCAGACUCAUUCGUUGAGAAUUUGAUCCCCUGACCGGCUAAAGUACAGGUGAUAUAUAGAGCGUUGCUCCUCACCUUGUUCGUUACCCCAUCCAAACCGGCGUGUGAUUCCCAGCAUAGUAUCCAACCAUUCAUCAUGACCAUCAGAAACGGCCCAACUAACGGCACUACCAAUGGAAAGACCAAUGGCGCUGCAAAUGGCGCCGUGAAAAAUGGACAUACGAAUGGAAACUUCUCCUUUGACGACAAGGUUGCCAUCUCCGCCAAUUCCCCAGACAAGGUCCCGGGUUUGCUAAAGGACAUUCUCGCAAAUGGCCUUGCUUUUUCCGCGGACCAUGAUGCUAGUGCCCGGUCCACCUUGCUGGACGCGGCACGGUCUUUGGUUCACGCAUUGGAGACACCCCGCGAGACCAUGAUCCGCUACUGCUGGUCGCAGUCCACUACCUACGCUGCCGUCGAGACCGGUGUUGACCUCGGACUGUUCGCUAUCCUUUCGCGAGACGAUAGAUCAAAGAGUGCGACUUAUCUCGCCGAGGAAACCGGUGCUGACGUUGCGCUUUUGGCUCGUCUGCUCAAACACCUGAGCGCCGUGGGCGUCAUCGAUGAAACGGGACCGGACGAGUACCGUCGGACAGGUUUCUCAAUCACACUUGGUGUGCCUCGGUAUAGCGAUGCCUAUGCUUGCAUGACUGGCUGCAUUACAGAUGGUGUCCUGGCGUUGCCCGCAUACCUACGCAAGAACAACUAUCGCAACCCGACCGACGGCAAAGAUUGUCCCUUCCAGCUGGGCUUCCGGACCGACUCGCAUUUCUUCGAGUUCCUCCGUGACCAUCCCGAACAUGCCUCCCAGUUCAACAAUCACAUGUCCGCCUACCACCAGGGCCGUCCUAGCUGGAUGGACGUCGGGUUCUACCCGGUCCCUGAGCUGGCGAUAGAGCCGAAGGAGGCAGACGAUGUCCUUCUGGUCGACGUCGGUGGCAGCUUGGGCCACGAUCUCUCUGAGUUCCAGCGCAAAUGGCCCGACAUGCCUGGACGGUUGGUGCUGCAGGAUCUUCCCAACGUCGUCCAGCAAGCCCAAAGCACGUCGCUUCAUCCCCGUGUCGAAGUCAUGGCCCAUAACUUCUUUACAGAGCAGCCCGUGAAAGGUGCUCGCGCUUACUACAUGCACUCCAUCCUGCACGACUGGAAUGAUGACAACUGCCGCAAGAUCCUGUCAAACUUGGUUCCGGCCAUGAACCGGGGUUACAGCAAGGUCCUGAUCAACGAGAACGUCAUCCCCGACACCAAUGCCUAUUGGGAGACCACCAGUCUCGAUAUCAUCAUGAUGGCCGACUUCGCGUCUCAGGAGCGUACGGAGCGACACUGGCACUCUCUCGUUGAAUCCGUCGGGCUGAAGAUCACGAACAUCUGGACGGCCCAGCGGGGAGUGGAGAGCCUGAUUGAAUGUGAACUGGCGUAAUCUAUUAAUUAUUGGGGGCGUUUUGUACAAUACGGUUAUUCGGGAUCUGGUUCUGAUAGUUAAGUCAUAGUUAGCCUUUGAUAAUCAGUAAUAAUAUGGGAAUUUGGUU